CUACAUUCGAUUAAAGAAAAGUCAGAAGUCCGUGAGCUGUGUGCAACUGUGAGCUAUCCUAGCUAAGAGUGUCAAACGAAAUUUUCUGUUAUUUCUGAAUAUUUGAAAUAUUUUCUAAACAACUAAAUAAACGGGAAUGGCCCAUAAUACGGAUAGCACCAAUGACUUGGAUAAAAUCCAAAGGGAGGAUCAUGAUGACCGUUCAGCAAAUGUGACAACUUCAAAUCCGUCGCUCUACGACAAAUCACAAUCGCUAGUAGAUAUUGCGAAUAAUACUUUUAAAGAACUAUGUCGUACUUUAGAGAAUGAACAAUCCAAAUUAAUGGAAUUAGAAGAGCGGCGCAAAAAACUCCAAGAAGAAAUGCAACGUCUCAAGCAAGAGAUUGAGGAAGAGAAACAUACAUACCGCCUCAACUUGGUAGAGUCUUUAACAGAGAAUGCGGAGGCAAUGAGCGCGAAGAGUAUGGAAACUGAUGAAGAUUCAGGUUCUGAAAUACAAAACAAAUUGUAUACGUGUUACGAAGCCGAUGAAAUAGCUAAUGCUACAGGAACAUCACCUGCCAGCUACUCGGCGGAUGAGGAUGAUAACAAGCAUCCCAAUGAGAUUGCGCGCAGUAUCCAGAAAAAACUUCAGAGCGUAGUUGCAGAGUGCGUUAUUGAACAAUGUGCUUAUGAUGAGCCAGCGCUUGAGACCGAAAUUUUGGACAAACCCUCUACUUGAAGACGGUGCAUUUUUAUGUAUAUUUGUAUUUUUAUAAUCCAUACAAAUUUUGUUGAAGUAUUGUAUAUUUUAUUUCUUAAAAUAUUUACAAUAAAUUAAAAAUCAUCU